AUGCCGGCUCCAGAUCCACGAAACAGGCGCUACACAUGCCGCUACUGGGCUCUUGGACCCCGCUGUCCGAAUGUCGAUACAUUCGAUGCCCUCACCUGCGAGUUCGCUCACUGGGACACCGGCCGACUCGCCAGUGCGCUCCAGCAACCUGGGACCUGCCUUCCGUGGAAGCUGUAUGGAUUCUGUGGCCGUGGCGCGAACUGUUGGUAUGAGCAUCAAGACACAGGAGUGACAGGACUUUAUCAAGGCACGGUCGAACUGUACGGCUUCGAGCUCCAAGUCGCGGACGCUGCUAGCCGAGCUGGGUUUGAUACCUUCAAUCACGAAGCCUUAUUUGAUCUCAUCUGGACAGUCAAGCGACUUGCACUGCAAGCGGGAGCCUUCAACUUCGGAGGUCGCAAACCCAGAGAUCCGCUAUACCCUGACCGAUAUCGUCCCAGUGGCAUUGGUGACAAUACAAAGAGAAGAAUAAGGGCAUGGACCAUCCAGCCUCCAGCGAACCACACCAUGGAGUUGAAAUUCCAUCCAAUCAAGCCCCUGAUGAGAAAAAGACCCUUGCACCAAAUCAAAGAAGAGAGCCAAAUCGACUUGAGCUUGACAUCAGACAAUGCUUGUGACGCGAGAGACCCGCAUGGUGUCACGUCCAAACGCCAGAAAGUGGUCCAUGGGAGCAAGACCCUAAGUGUAUCCGGUGCCCACGCCGGAUAUUCCAACGCGCUUCCAGAUAGAAAUGUGCCUUUCACGUCCAUCGGAACACCUUCAAUGCCACCAUCACCCAGUGCCCGCCCGCGCGCAAACGCAAACCAGAGAGGAGCCCUGGCUACGGCUAUGGUUGCGGCUGCGGCUACUUCUCCUCUCGUGCCAACGCUACCUCUAGCACCUGGCGACGAGAUCAGCAUGCAGCUGCUUGCAGUUAAAACCAAACUUGGUGAUGCCGGCAAGGAUAUGAACACUUGUCAGGCAGCCAUGAAGGCGCUAUUUGACAAGUACUAUCACAAGUUUGAUGAUGACAAAAUGAUGGAGGCUCUGCAGAAACUGAGCGGCUUCAUGAACAACAUCUACGACAGCGGCAAAGAGGGCUCGGAGGAAGUCGAGAAAAUCAUUGCCUCUCUGGUGGACAAGAAGAGCAGGACCUUGUGA